UUUCUCUCUGACGGUGUGAAGAAUUGAGGAAUUGUAUUGUAGGUUAUAGUUGUAAGACGCCUUCGCGUGUGUUACACGAGUGUCAAAGUGAGCGUGUUUUUGCCAGUGAAAGAUGCUAAAGGAACAAAAUUGAAACAAGAAAAAUACCAAUAAUACGUCAAUCUAACAAAUCAAAGGACACGCCUAAUCCACUACUUUGUAUCCGAGAAAGAGUUUUGAACUCCAAAAUCAUGUCAACAUUGGAGGAUAAAAUUUUAGGAGAGAAAUUGCACUACUAUUGCAGCAGUAGUUCUAGCGAAGAUGAAGGAAAUAAUUCUGGGGAUUCUGACAAAGAAUGUGACGAUGUAAAAUAUGCUGACGACACUGCACAAUAUACCACGCCUUCAUAUUCAGAAUGGGAUGGGACCUCCAGUAACACAGGACCUAAAGGUGUUAUAAAGGAUUGGCAACGAUAUAAGCAGUUGGAAGCAGAAAAGCGAGAAUCACAAGAGAAGGAAAGGCUACAGUUGAUAAAAAAAUUAAGUCUAACGUGCCGCAGUACUUUGGAUGAAGAAAAAGAGAAAAUGAAUGAGGCUGAUCCAGAGUUGGCAGACUUAUUAACCGAUGAAUUCCUUCUGGAGUAUCAGAGACAGAGAAUGAAAGAAAUGCUCGCGAAAACAAAGAAACUCUACUUUGGGAAAGUUAUCGAUUUGGAAAAUACAGAUCAGUUUCUGCAAGCCAUUGAUGAAGAAGACAAGUCAGUGAUUGUUAUCGUUCACAUUUGUGAGGAUAAUGUAGCUGGAUGUGAAGCUAUGAAUGGAUGCUUGAUAUCUCUUGCGAAAGAAUACCCUUACGUAAAGUUUUGUAGAAUUCUAGGCUCAGUUGCAGGUCUCAGCAAACAAUUUAAGAAAUUUGGCGUACCAACAUUGCUGGCGUAUAAAAACGGACAGGUGAUAGGAAACUUUGUCCACGUUACGGAUCAUCUAGGAACGGAUUUUUACUCAUCGGAUGUGGAAGCAUUUCUCAUCGAGCAUGGGAUUCUCACUGAUAAAAAUUGCGUACCGCUUAUCGUUUCAAAGAACGAAAAUGGAGCUUCUGAUAGCGAAUAAGAAAUUAUCAUUCCUUUUAAAAUAAUCUAUUAAUAUACUUUAAUAUAUUUAUAAUAAAUCGAAAUAACUUGAUAUAUUAUUGAAAAUAA